CCCGCAGCCGCCGCCGCCGCUCCUGCCGCUCCGCCAUGUCCGCCGAGCCCGCCCCGGCCGCCGCCGCCCCCCCCUCCGCCGAGCAGGCCCCCGGCCCCGAGCCGCCGGCGGGCGGCGAGGAGGCGGCGGAGCACCGGGCGCUGGUGCUGACGGGCUUCGGCGGCUACGAGAAGGUGAAGGUGCAGGCGCGGCGCGGCGGCGGCCCCCGGCCCGGCGAGGUCUCGGUGCGGGUCCGCGCCUGCGGCCUCAACUUCGCCGACCUGAUGGCACGGCAGGGGCUGUACGACCGGCUGCCGCCGCCGCCCGUCUGCCCCGGCAUGGAGUGCGCCGGUACCGUCCGCGCCAUCGGCGACGGCGUCGGCGACCGACAGGUUGGCGAUAAGGUGAUGGUCCUGGCUAGGUCAGGGCUCUGGCAAGAAGUCGUGAACGUGCCGGCUGGUCAGACUUUCCUGAUGCCUGAGGGGAUGAGCUUCGAGGAAGCGGCUGCUCUUCUUGUCAACUACAUCACUGCUUACAUGAUCCUGUUUGACUUCGGAAACCUGAGACCCAACCAGAGUGUCCUCAUCCACAUGGCUGCAGGUGGUGUGGGAACUGCUGCCAUCCAGCUGUGCAAGACUGUAGAAAAUGUCACCAUUUUUGGCACAGCAUCUGCCUCCAAGCAUGAGGCGCUCAAGGAGAGUGGAGUCGCUCACCCUAUUGACUACAGAACGAUGGAUUACGCAGAGGAGGUCCGGAAAAUCUCUCCCAAAGGUGUUGACAUUGUCCUGGACCCCCUGGGAGGAUCCGAUACAUCCAAAGCAUUUAACCUGUUGAAGCCGAUGGGCAAACUCAUCACUUACGGGGUAGCAAACCUGCUCACGGGGCAGAAGAAGAACCUCAUGGCUAUGGCUAAAACCUGGUGGAACCAGUUCAGCAUCAAUGCCUUGCAGCUCCUACACCAUAACAAGGCUGUGUGUGGCUACCACCUUGGCUAUAUGGAUGAAGAAUUUGAGCUCAUCGGAGGCGUCGUAGCCAAGCUGAUUAACCUCUAUAGUCAAGGCAAAAUCAAGCCCAAAAUAGACUCUGUAUGGCCCUUUGAUCAGGUGGCAGAUGCCAUGAGGCAGAUGCAAGAGAAGAAGAAUGUUGGAAAAGUCAUCCUGGUUCCUGAAGCGCCCAAGGAAGAAUCCAAAAAAGAAGAGAACUAAAGAGAAGAGAUGUGUGUAGAUUGUGAAUUCGUGGUUUAACUCCCUGAUCUUUGGGACCUGGAAAUGGACAGAUCGGUAGCUUCCAUCUUCAAUCCACCAGUGCGAGAACAUCGUGGUUAAAGUUCAGAUGAGGUUUGCAUGCUCUCGUUGUGACUGACCCUUUGCCAGACACGCCUCCUGCCCUAGCUCUCUGUUUUGAAGCCUGUUUAUUUCAUACAUUAUUUUUUUUUUCCCCAAUCACUUGUUUUUUCUAUUGAAUUCCCGACCUAACCUGAUUUUUCUCUGGCAGUGCAGCCGAAGCUUCUGGGCAGUUGGUGCGUACCGGCUGUGUAGCCUCUCACUGUAAAAUCAAGAUGUAACGCGCUGUACCAACUGCCGAGUGUCUCCGCAGGAACCGAGCCCUGCUGAAGCAGUCGUGCUGCCACCUCUGAGAACUUGUUCAGCAGGAGAACGGACCGACGUAGGAUGUGUCCUCCACAGCCAGAGGAAAAGCACGGCUGGCCUGGUUUAAUUCUAGCACGGGCUCCUCUUCCGUUUACACUAACCACGCUCUUUCCCCUCUGCUUUCGUUGGCCUCUAACACCGGGCGGAUAGUAACGGGUCACGGUGUCUUUGCCUUGUGAAUAACCACCCUGGCGUUUUCGGAGUCUGUGGCGUAUUGCACUUAAUUGGCAGUCGCUUCUCUCUGCAGUCGGCAAAUAACCUGACAGGCUGGGCUGUGUCUGAACACAGAAGAAUAAUUUCAAUUAGGUAUAGCUUUGAUCUUGUCCAUUUUCUGAUUCCAAACUGUACAGGGAGAUCUAGGCCGCGUCUGAUUUUUAGAGACCAUGAGGACUCGACUGUGUCUCAAAUGACUGGAAUGAUUGUUGUUGGCUCUGUGCUUUAUUAAUGUUGGGCUCCAAGUUGGUAUUGUUAAGGCUAAACUUCA